CAUAUUUUCACACAUAGGAUCACACAAACCACAUAAACAAGGAGCUGACACAGGAUGACUCCGCCGCUCCCACACCGGCGAACAAAGCGUGACCAUGGGCUGCUGUAUGUUCUCGUUUUGGCUUCACUGUUGAUGCUUGCCCUAGCUCAGGUGCCCGAUGGAAAUGUAGAGUACGAUCCACGAGGUCCAAGAGCAGCCACAACACAGGCGCCUGCUGACACAGGAACUCCAUCGUGGUGGCGUGCGGGCUACGAGGGUGACGGUACGACACACGAACAGAUUGGACAGCUGCACUGGCCACCCGUCGCUUACACAAAGUUCGAGGGGGAUCCCAUCUACUCGCGGGAUCUUUCCUCGCCAACCGAAUCUGUGAAUUUCAUUUACAACUUUACGCACAGUCUCUUCAAACUGGUGUUCACCGACGAUCCGGUGCUGCCACAAAAAUACAUUAAGGUUAUGGGCGAUGAUGUGGUGGCUCUGGGCCCUAAGGUGGAGCAAAACGAUUGGUCCGACCUAUUGGCCCGCUACUGGCUGCUGCUUUUCUUCGUGAUAUUCCUUAUAACCGGCAUCAUACUUAUUCCAUGUAUUGGUGUUUGCUAUUGCUGCCUCUGCUGCUGUCGUCGUUGCAAGCAGGGAUGUCCGACGUGCACCACCGGAGUGGACUUUCGGCGGCGCAUGUGUUGCGGCACAUGCCUAGCGAUCCUCGUCGCUGGCCUAUGCUUUGGUACCUAUGUUGCGUUUGUGUCGAACAAGUUUCUGAAUCGUGGAUUUCAUGACUCUACAAUGACAAUGAAGCGCGGCAGCGAGGACACUUGCGUUUUCUUAAAGGAUGUGGCCGAUCACAUUACACAUCUUUUUGUGAAAAACUUUAUGGAACUGGAGACGCACGUUCUCGAUGUAUUGGAAAACGCGGAUAAGCACAUUUUUCUGGAUCUCGCAGACACAUCUGAUAGUAAUGCAUUGGCUGAAUUGGAGCGCAUAUUGGACAACAUGCCAAAAGCAUUAUUCAUCAUGCGUAAUGUGGAUUUUAACGAGAAGGAAUUACGCUUCUGUGGCUCACAAUAUCGUUAUGUUCUUCGUGGUUUAAAGCGGGAUGUUGAACAUGCAUGCUCCACCUUAAUUCAAAGACGAGAUGUCUUUUUGUACCAUCGUUAUGGGCAUAUUACACGUUUGCCUUAUUCGAGAUGUCUGUACUAUGAUCAGGUUCCCAAUACGACAUUUUAUGUAGAAGCCAUUGAAAAGAUUAUUAAGGGAAAAUAUUUUGAAAUACCAAAGAGGGGCAUUGCGCGCCUCAAGCUGGUUAGUGACAAAAUCCGUAGACAAAUGGAACUUAUCAUUCCGCCAUUGCGGCGAGAUAUUGGCAGGGGACGUGGCGUUCUAUUUAAAUAUGCCUCAAAAAUACGCAACAUAGUUGAUGCUGUGAUCAGUGAUAUUCAUUUAAAUACGAUGCGCACGACAAAGACAUACGACGAUGUGUACGAAAAGUUUGGCCAAGAUCGUGAACAAAUUUACGAAUUUACAUGCGUUUUACUGUUCAUAUUAAUCAUAGUGCUAAUUUCGGGACUCUUAUGCGGCUGCCUUGGGCCAGGUCGAACGACAGCGGGUGCAUUUGGAUUUUGCAGCAAGGGUACAGGCGCCUCCUGUUUGCUCAUGGCCAUGAUUAUCAUAUUUUGUAUUUACUCCUUUAUCACAUUGAUUGCAUUAUUUUACUUGCUACUUGGUCUGGUGACUUAUGAGGGUGCCUGCGCACCGUCUAGCGAGGGCGACAAGAAUACACUCUUUCGUCAUCUUGACUCGUUGAUCGAUCUAAAUUUGUUUUCCCCGCUCACUGAUGAAACCGUUGCGCCACCCAUGCGUAUGUCGUAUGCCAUUAGGCACUGCCAGGCAAAUGAAUCCAUUUUUCAGCUGCUGCGUUCGAAUGAUCUUUUCAAUAUUGACGAUUUGACACGCCUGCAGAUGUCACUCGAUGAUCCCAGAGAAACGAAAGAGUUUACCGACGAUCUGUCCAUGAUUUACCUCUUGACUGAUGAAGAAAAAACGCUGCUUAGGGAAGUGAGCGAUGGCAAUCUAUCGACCUAUCACUCCAGUUCUUACCUGACACAUUUGUGCACUAAAUUUGUGACGCCGCACACUUUGGUGCCCAAGAUAUCGGAGGGUCUUCGCAAAAUCGCUGAAGAAGUUCUCAUAAGUAAAUUAAAUUAUUGGACAUACCAUGGCAGUAGACCGCCCUACUAUAAAGGCUGGAAAACUUUGCAUUAUUACUACUGGAAUGCCCAUGUGGCCUUGCAUAAUGCCCGUAUUGAUGCCGAGGCCAUACAUAACACAUUUGACGACAGGUGCUCGGCGCUAGUGAAGAAGAUACAGCGUGACAUACCGAAGGUCGAUCAACUGAUAUUGUAUGAAAACUUGGAUUUUGGCGAUUCGAUAGACACAUUGCUCGAUGCGGUACUGAGAGCGGAGAAGUUUAUUCAAGAGCGUGGCAAGGAGUACAUAAACAAUUUAUCCCAGAAUCUAACCGAUGCCAUCAACAAAGAGAUAAGGGAAUAUCUUGAUAUGAUAAUUAAUGAAGCCAAUGUACAUGUCGGCCAUUGUCAGCCACUCGCUUACAUUUAUUAUCGAGGAGUUAGUUUCGUUUGCGAGCGUCUUGUUAAUCCACUCAAUAAUGCCUGGGUGGGCAUGCUGCUAUGCUCCUUGCUCUUCCUGCCCAUACUGUACAUAUGCCAUCGAUUGAUGUGCUUGUACCUGAAAAUACAUCCCACGGCGACCGUUGAAGAUGGUGGCCACAAAUGUCCCAUUUGCAUGGUGCGAGGACCUUCGUAUACCCCACGGCCGCCAGGUACUGAUUUCCCCGUGGGCUUUCCACAUCCACCAAGGCAUUUGCAGCAGCAGCAGCAGCAGCAGCAGGCAGCGCAGACGCAGCUGCAUGUGGAGAAGAAGAGUAAGCGAAAGAGAGAGUAGCAAGCAACGGCAGUGACUGU